UUUCCACUGUUUUGGAGGAGGAGGAGGAGGAGGAAAAGGAGUAGGAGGGGGGGCUGUCGUGUGCGUCAGUAAGUCAAGCAUGUUCCAAUAACGGGCAUUAUCUGCUGCUAUUUGCAGUGUGCUGUAACCAGGCAGUGCGCCGCGCUUUUUAUUUGUUAAAAAUUGCUCCUUGGUGAUGGAAACGAUCUCGGAAGGAAUAUCAUCUGCACGGGCAGAAAUAAGGAAUCCAACCCUUGCCUUUGGCUCUACAAGCACAAAGCCAAACGCAAAAUCCUCAGCUGAACCUCAGCUAUAAGUGGUCAGAAGAUGGCGGGAGGUGUAACGAGGACCACGGGGAUGGGACACAUCCUGAAGUUGAAUGUGCGGCUGUUAGCGGUGGCUGUGCUGCUGGGAACUGAUGUGAGCUGGCUGGGCUUGAAAGACCAGGUUGGGGUCAAUGCCCAGAACAACGAGAGAAGGGUAUUGGCACAUAUCCCUGGUGAUAUCAUCAUAGGAGCUCUGUUCUCUGUCCACCACCAACCACCUGCAGAUAAGGUCCAUGAGCGAAAGUGUGGUGCGGUCCGUGAGCAGUACGGGAUCCAGAGAGUGGAAGCCAUGAUGCACACUCUGGACCGAAUUAAUGCAGACCCCACCAUCCUUCCCAACAUCAGCCUGGGCUGCGAGAUCAGGGAUUCGUGCUGGCACUCUGCCGUGGCACUGGAACAGAGUAUUGAGUUUAUUCGGGACACACUAGUGUCCAGCGACGAGGAGGAGAGCCAGGGCAGAUGCACGGCAGAAGGAGGGAGCAUGCUUCUUCAGGGGAAGAAGCCUAUUGUGGGACUUAUUGGACCAGGUUCCAGCUCUGUGGCCAUCCAGGUGCAAAAUCUCCUCCAGCUCUUCAACAUCCCACAGAUAGCUUACUCAGCCACCAGCAUGGAUCUCAGUGACAAGAGCCUGUAUAAAUAUUUCAUGAGAGUAGUACCAUCAGAUAUGCAACAGGCCAGAGCAAUGGUGGACAUUGUCAAGAGAUACAACUGGAGCUACGUGUCUGCAAUACACACUGAAGGUAAUUAUGGUGAGAGCGGUAUGGAGGCAUUUAAAGACAUGGCAGCAAAAGAAGGGAUCUGCAUUGCCCACUCUGACAAGAUAUACAGCAAUGCAGGGGAGCAAAGCUUUGACAAGCUUUUGCAGAAACUCAGAGGCCAUCUACCCAAAGCCAGGGUUGUGGCUUGCUUCUGUGAGGGCAUGACAGUCCGAGGGAUACUGAUGGCCAUGAGACGACAACGCCUAGUGGGAGAGUUCGUCCUCGUCGGAAGCGAUGGCUGGGCUGACAGGUAUGAUGUGACUAAUGGCUACCAGAAGGAAGCAGCCGGGGGAAUCACUAUAAAGUUAAAGUCGGCGUAUGUGACCUGGUUUGAUGAUUACUACCUGAACCUAAAGCCUGACGCUAACCUGAGGAACCCCUGGUUCCCCGAGUUCUGGCAGCACCGCUUCCAGUGCAGGUUGAAGGGACAUCCACAGGAGAGCACUGCUUACAACCGCACUUGCACUUGGAGAGAGUCUCUGCGGCAUCAAUAUGCUCAAGACACCAAGAUGGGCUUUGUCAUAAAUGCCAUUUAUUCGAUGGCUUAUGGCCUACAUGCCAUGCAACAAGCACUUUGUCCAGGAUAUAAGGGUUUGUGUGAGAGCAUGCGUCCCAUUGAUGGUCGCAAGCUGCUAGAUUUCCUGAUGAAAACCAACUUUACUGGUGUAUCUGGGGAGGCCAUCCUCUUUGACCAGAAUGGAGACUCACCCGGCAGGUAUGAAAUCAUGAACUUCAAGCAGACAGGUGAAGAUGAAUACGCUUACAUCCAUGUGGGAAGCUGGGAUCAGGGUGGCCUAAAGAUGAAUGAUGAAGAAAUCUGGAGCAACAACAGUGAAAUCAUCCAGUCAGUCUGCUCUGAGCCCUGCCAGAAGGCACAGAUUAAGGUGAUCCGUAAAGGAGAGGUGAGCUGCUGUUGGACCUGCACUCCCUGCAAAGAGAACGAGUUCGUGUUUGAUGAGUACACUUGCCGAGCCUGUGAGCUUGGCUCCUGGCCCACAGAUGACCUCACUGGUUGUGAGCCAAUUCCAGUGCAGUAUGUCCGCUGGGGGGAUCCAGAGCCCAUUGCUGCUGUAGUCUUUGCCUGCCUGGGCCUCAUGGCUACACUUUUUGUUACAUCUGUUUUCAUCAAGUUUUGGGACACUCCUGUGGUCAAGUCAUCCAGUCGGGAGCUCUGCUACAUUAUUCUGGCAGGAAUAUGUCUGGGCUACCUGUGUACUUUCAGUCUUAUCGCAAAGCCGCACAUUGUCUAUUGCUACCUCCAGCGGCUGGGAAUCGGACUGUCCCCUGCCAUGAGCUACUCUGCUCUCGUCACCAAGACCAACCGCAUAGCACGGAUCCUGGCAGGCAGCAAAAAGAAGAUCUGUACCAAGAAACCGCGUUUUAUGUCCGCCUGCGCACAAUUGGUCAUCGCCUUCCUACUCAUACUCUUGCAGCUGGGGAUUAUUGUGGCACUUCUCAUCAUAGAGCCACCACAGGUGAUCUAUGAUUACCCCAGUAUCCGUGAGGUGCACUUGAUCUGCAAUCUGACCACUCUGGGGGUGGUAGCACCGCUGGGCUACAAUGGCCUGCUUAUCCUCAGCUGCACCUUCUACGCCUUCAAGACUCGUAAUGUACCAGCUAAUUUUAAUGAGGCCAAGUACAUUGCCUUCACCAUGUACACCACCUGUAUCAUCUGGUUGGCCUUUGUUCCAAUUUACUUUGGCUCCAACUACAAGAUCAUAACCAUGUGCUUUAGUGUCAGCCUCAGUGCCACAGUGGCUCUCUGCUGCAUGUUUGUCCCCAAGGUCUACAUCAUGCUCGCCAAGCCCGAGAAAAAUGUCCGCAGCGCUUUCACCACAUCCACAGUUGUGCGCAUGCAUGUGGGCGAUGCUAAGAAAGCUGCCAAAUCUGGCAAAUCUUCUAGCAGCAUGGCCAACUUGUUUCGACGUCGUGGCUCUACGCAGGACAACAUAAGUUCCAAUGGGAAAUCAGUUACAUGGACACAGAAUGAGCGUGGAUACAGACCAAACCUGUGGAAGAGGAUGUCAUUUCACGUGAAGAAAAAGGAUCCAGUCGAGGCAAAUCAGACAGCCAUCAUCAAGCCAUUCUCUAAAGAUGGGGAUACACCAGCAGACAACGGUGUCAAGGAGCAGUACGAAGAGCCACAGCUUUCUCAGUCUUUCACCUGCACACCCUCUCAGUCACCUUUGCCCACCAUCAGUCAGCAUGCAGCGAAGGCGGUGUGUCAUCAGGGAGGAGAGGAUGCUGAGGAUGCAGAAGUUUUACUCACCUAUUUACCCGAGCACCCCGCUGGGGUGAGAAGAAGGGGCGGGGACAACAGCCAAGAUGUUGGUGCAUUGAAUGAUGGAGACAUUAGCAUCAUAGGAGUGGGUGACAUUGGCAUAGGGAUGAUUGGCGGCCAAACUCAGGGUACCACAAUCAUGGACCAGAUCAGUAGUGUGGUUAACCGUUUCACUGCCAACAUCAGUGAGCUGAAUACCAUGAUGCUGCCAGGGGGAGCCACCGUCAGCCCACCCUCCACCACUGCUCUGCCUGCUGCUACUGCAGACACCACGGCGUGUCCACCUCAGUACCUCGCGCCCAGGAACAGACAGACACCCUCCACCGUCACCACAUAUGCGGAGGUAACAGCUGUCUCCAGUUUCUGCGAGAAUCGACCAGCGGGUAAGAUUUAUGAGCACCUGGCCGGGACUUGCGUGAGUAGCAGACGGGCCAAGGAUAUGGAGGAGCUCAUGGCUCUGACGCCUCCCUCUCCAUUUAGAGACUCAUCUCUGAGCUCCAAUGGCAGCUCUCCCCCUUCCCUGUCCCCUGCCUCUGAGGCUGAAUAUGACCAGCUGCUGCUGAGACAUUACAGCCAGAGCUCGUCCUCUCUUUAAACCUGCACCCCCCUCCCACAACUUAUUUUCCUUUUUUAAUCUUCUAUCCAGGGAGUAUUUUAAACUCCAAGAGACAAAACUUCCCACUGGACCAAUCUCUUUGAUGCCUUUCUUCGUGUGGAUAUUAUGAAUGUUUAAGGUUUUUUUCAAUGAACAGAUGCUUAUUUUCAGAUUGCGACUGGGCACACCCACACAUGACCUCAUUGAGUACUGAAGGACUUAGAGAGGAAUACCAAUAGAAGGAUUUAAAAAAUUGGACUGAAAUCAAAAUAAGGGCAUUUUAAAGACUUUUUACUGCUUUUCUGACAUGUUUCAAACUCAGUUUUAAACUCCAAAGACAACUUUGAUACGGCUAUUGGUCUAGGGACUCCAGGUGUUUAGAAAAAUUAAAAAUUACUACAAAACCCCAACAUCAAAUAUGAUUGUGUUUUACUUGGAUAUUUUUCAUUAUCUUUUAUCAUUAACAUAGAGAGUAAAUGUGUUUUUUUAUCGCUUGUUGUUGACCUUAUGCACUUUUUCUACUGACAAACUGCCCUAACAUGUAAUAUUGUGAGACCCCGCUGGAUCCAGAUUGUAGGAAGAAGCAAGAAGGUAUUUAUGCGAAAAUCAAACAAUUUACUGCCAAUCACAAAAGACAUGAGAGCGCAUUUUGUAUCCUGAUGCUAAACAGGGAAAAGUGGUCAAAUGCUGCAAAUCAGCCAUCAGGUUUUUCUCUUUCUCAGUGACCUUUUUCAUGUACUGAGGAUCAAACACCUCCUAUCCCAAGAGGACAGAAGCUUUUUAUGUCUCAAGGAAGUCAGACAUUUUCCCAGUGGACGCGUUCAUCAGGUGUCUAACCCACAAACAGCGUUCGGACUACUUGGAUGUCUUCUUUAAUUCUUUGAUCUAGUUGUGACUCAGUUGAAUGUAUAAGUUUCAAGAUCUGUAGUGGACCAAACUGAUCUUCCACCUCAGGAUGUGUUCAGCUGUAACGUGCUGAAUGACUGUCGUCAUGUGGCGGAUCAAAAUGUCUCCAGUUUGCAUGAUGUCAGGAUUUGUUUACACUCUCUGAGGUAUGUUUGUAAUGAUUUACUUUUUAAUAUCGUAAUGUCAAAAUACUAUUAUGAAUAUAUACAGUAGCACAGUAACAAUACUAAUAGUGAUAUUGAUGUGCUUUUAAGGUUAGUUUAAGGAGGAGAGAAGCAAAUUUAAAUUGCGCCAGAUUUUUCUUUCUACUAAAAAACAGUUUUUUUAAGCCUUGCUUUUUACUUAUACGUGUGCCAGUGCAUUGAAUUACUUUGUGGUUAUGUAAAAUAUGCUACUGAAAAUCUUACUGUAAGCCUAUUCAAAUUUCUUGUGCCUGAAUAUUUUAAUUCAUUUGGUAUGCUUUUUUUUUUUUUGUUCUUCUUUUUUGUCUGCACUUUUGCCUCUCUGAGGUUUAAGGUCAAGAAUAAUAUGGAUUCAUAGGUUUGCAGCUUUUCAGCUUCUAAGAUGUAACUGAAGAUACUGACAUGGUAGCUAACAUAUGUCUGGUUAUCAGACCUUUUUCUUUUUACUAUUUCCAGUCUGGCUUCAGUCCCUAGCUUCUUUUUUUGUCUGAUAUUUCCAUACAGACAGGAAUGCGUUUAUGUUUUUUUGAAAU